UGAUUCAUUUCGAAAAGAAUAGGUCCCAGUUAUUUGUAUCCAUAGGUGUUCUUACUGCGCGCCGGUGGCAAUUAUAACGCUAAUCUUUAGCGUUAGAUUAUUUUGUUAACCAUAUUUAAUGGGAUUUUACUCGGAUAAGUCAUAGUAUUAUCAGACGCUGGGGUUUAUUUUACACUUAACAACAGGUUCCUGUGUAUUUCGGGAUGUCUUACCCUCCUCCGCUCAAUCGCCAGCAGAUUGGCAUCCCGCAGUUACCUCCCAGGAUCCCACCUCCUCAGUAUGCGGGAUUCGCCCCGGGUGUCCCGCCAGGUACUCCGAUGAUCCCGGUUCAUAUGGGUGUCGUUACCCCUACAACCACAGUUCUGGUCCCGACAACAGUCUCUGUAACACAUAAGCCGAUGCUUCCAAAGAAGGAGCCCAACGUCAGAGCAAAGGACACAGACGACUGCAGUGGCCCCACCACCACUGUUUUUGUGGGGAACAUCUCUGAAAAAGCAUCUGACAUGUUAGUCAGACAGCUUCUAGCGAAAUGUGGUAUUGUUCUUAGCUGGAAAAGGGUUCAAGGUGCCUCUGGGAAGCUUCAAGCUUUUGGAUUCUGUGAGUACAAGGAGCCUGAAUCCACACUACGGGCCCUCAGACUUCUGCACGAGUUGCUCCUGGGUGAUAAGAAGCUGCUGGUGAAGGUAGAUGCCAAGACCAAGGCCCAGCUCGACGAGUGGAAGGCAAAGAGGCGCAGUGCCAAUGGGGAGGCCAGUGAUGGGUCUAAGAACGGGGAAGACGACGACGAUGAGGAGGAGGUUGUUGAUGAAGAGACUCUGCGUCGUGAUCAGGUUGUGAAGGGCGCAAUAGAAGUCCUCAUCCGAGAGUAUGCUAGUGAGCUCAAUGCUCCCUCACAGGACCCUGACAGUCAACCUCGCAACAAGAAGCGGAAGGAGAAGAAAGAGGAGGAGGAUAUCAAUGCCAUGGAGAUGGAGGAUGACAAGAGAGACCUGAUUUCCAGAGAGAUCAGUAAAUUCCGGGACACGCACAAGAAACUUGAGGAGGAAAAAGGCAAGAAAGAAAAGGAGCGACUGGAGGUCGAGAGGGAGAGGAGAGAAAGGGACAAGGAGCGGGAGCGUGAGAGGGAACGCCGCGAUCGCGAGAAAGAGAAGGAGAGGGAGAGAGAGAGAGACAAGGAGCGGGAAAGAGACAGAGACAGAGACCGGGACCGCGAGCGGGAGAGGGAUCGGGAGCGGGAGAGGACGAAGGAGCGAGAAAGGGAGCGUGAAAGGGAGAGGAGUCGAGACGUCAGUGAAGGUCGAAGCAGAUCGAGAGAGAGGACUAGAGAAGAAAAAAAACGAGACCGCGAGGAAGACGAGGAGGACGUUUAUGAACGAAGGAGACUCGAGAGGAGGCUUAGAGACAAGGAGGCGGCCUACCAAGAGCGCCUGAAAAACUGGGAGAUCCGUGAGAGGAAGAAGGCUCGUGACUACAGCAAAGAGACUGAGCGGGAGGAUGAGAGGCGUCGGGAAAUGAUGAAAGAAGCCAAAAGGCUGAAAGAAUUCCUUGAAGAUUAUGACGAUGACCGAGACGACCCAAAAUACUACAGGGGCAGCGCUUUGCAGAAGCGGCUCCGUGACCGGGAAAAGGAAACGGAAUUGGACGAGCGCGACCGGAAGAGGGAGAAGGAGGAGCUGGAGGAGAUCAGACAGAGGCUUCUGGCUGAAGGUCACCCUGACCCCGAUGCCGAGCUGCAGAGGAUGGAGGAGGAGGCAGAGCGCAGACGGCAGCCUCCUCUGAAACUCGAACCCGAAGAGGACGUGAGCCAGGAGAAGGCUCACAAGGAACGGGAACGAGAACGAGAGCGGGAACGAGAGCGGGAACGAGAGCGGGAACGAGAGCGGGAACGGGAACGGGAGCGGGAACGAGAACGGGAUCGGGAACGGGAACGAGAACGGGAUCGAGAACGAGAACGGGAUCGUGAUCGAGAACGAGACCGGGACCGCGACCGGGAGAAGAGAGGGUCAGGGAGACCCGCUGAGCCGAUGCCUCGGGUCCCCCAGCAGCACUCAGAGGAUGACGAGGAGGAUGUUGGCGAGGAGGAAGACUACCGUGAUGGCGAGGACUCGCAAGAGACCAAGCCGCCGCUCAAACCCAUCAUCACCAUUGCCCCAUCAGUGUCCUCCGCCAGUGGGAACGCGACUCCAAACACACCUGGCAACGAUUCUCCCUGCGGCAUCAUCAUUCCCGGUGAAAACACCCCCGAGGUCCAACCCCUGGAGGAGCAUCGGCCCAAGAUUGGCCUUAGUCUCAAACUGGGUGCCACCAACAGUCCCAGCCAGCUCAGCAUCGGAAAGCGGAAGAAGCUGCCGACCGGAAAAAGUGUCUUCAACCAGUUCGACCAUGAGGAGGCCGACGAGCAGCCUCGCAAGAGGAAACUUGUCCCUCUGGACUAUGGCGAUGACGACAAGAGCCUGGGGCUGGAUGGGGCAGAAAUGCCAGGGGCCAAAGGUAGCGUCAACACAGAAGAGAAACGCAAGCACAUAAAGAGCCUUAUCGAGAAGAUCCCCACGGCCAGGCCGGAGCUCUUCACCUAUCCUCUGGACUGGACCAUGGUUGACUCGACCCUGAUGGAUCGUCGCAUUAAACCAUGGAUAAAUAAGAAGAUUAUAGAGUAUAUCGGCGAGGAAGAAGCUACACUGGUUGAUUUUGUCUGUUCAAAGGUGAUGGCACAUAGCACCCCUCAGGGUAUUCUUGAUGAUGUUGCCAUGGUUCUUGACGAAGAAGCAGAAGUCUUCAUAGUAAAGAUGUGGAGGCUGUUGAUAUAUGAAACUGAAGCAAAGAAGAUCGGUCUGGUGAAAUAAAGAUGACGUGUCUCUCCGUCUGACUUCCUAAGAUCACAGUUCUGUCAGCCACAGUUUUUUGGUCCAGCAGACUUUAAACAACGUGCCCAUACACCCUUCAUUCCAUCAGCAAGGAGCUGCUGCUGCUGCUGCUGUGUGUGUGUGUGUGUGUGUGUGUGUGUGUGGUCUGAGCUGUGAACAGAAAGGGCACAAACAUAUUGCAUGAUAAAACUUUGGUUGUUUUUUUUGUCCUUUUGUUUAUGCUGUUCAGGCAAAAAAUGGUUGCAAUCCACCCACCUGUUCCACAAAAUGGAUUCAGUCUUUGAUUUACUGUUGUCAUGUUGAGGCACUGCUCCAUUGUGUUAACUAAUAAAUAUGCUUUUUUUUAAUAAAA